GGGGCGGAUAGUUUUGAUUUUCUCUACAUCGCGUCGAGCCAAUAAUGUCGAGGGGAACUGUUGUGCACAUCUCAGCUGGCAGACAUUUAAAAGGGAGACAGUCCGGCGCUGAAGCAAUUUGUAUUACACCCCUCCAACCAACCCCCCCACCCGGCCCCUGUCUAUGGAGCGGUUAGUCUCCCACCCAUCCACAGUCCCGCCAGUGUACAGUCGACGGCAGUAGGUGCCCAUCACCUAAGGAAGGUGCCUCCGAGGACUGACAGGAUCACAUCACGGUGCUUGUUGCAUUCGAACGCGAUGGCCAACUCGGCGCGUAUCUUCUGCGGUAUGGUUCUCAUCAUGGGGCUGCUUUACUCUCCCGUGGACUCAAAAAGAAACCGGGGUUCACAAGGCGCCAUUCCUCAUCCUGACAAAAGCAACCCAAACGAAUCGGAGCAGCAACCGCAGCCUCCACAGGCGGGCUCCGGGUCCCGGCAGAGGCAGGGGUCGUCCUCGCCGGCCGACGAGGUGCUGGAGUCCAGCCAGGAAGCUUUACAUAUCACGGAGCGGCAGUAUUUGAAACGGGACUGGUGCAAGACGCAGCCGCUCAAGCAGACCAUCCACGAGGAAGGCUGCGUCUCCCGCACCAUCAUCAACCGCUUCUGCUACGGACAGUGCAACUCCUUCUACAUCCCGAGGCACAUCCGCAGGGAGGAGGGCGCCUUCCAGUCCUGCUCAUUUUGCAAGCCCAAGCGUUUCACCACCAUGACUUUCACUUUGAGCUGUCCGGACCAGCAGCCGCCCACCAAGAAGAAGCGCAUCCAGCGCGUCAAACAGUGCCGCUGUAUAUCCAUAGACCUGGACUAAAACACACACACACACACACACACACACAGCUGUGUCGUGUUGUGUUGCGCGCGUGUGUGUGUGUGUGUGUUGAUGGUAGUAAAAAAAAUAAAGAGAGGCUGUCUGUCACACAGCCAAGACAACACGUGUCUUAGGGUCUCCACCUUGGGGAAGUACGAUGACUUUUUAGGCUGCUUACAUCGACUAUGAUCCUCUUCUUGCACAGCGCGUGAAUAACACAUGGACAUGCAACUCGUGAUGAACUGCGCGAAGAACUUUUUUUUUUUUUUCCUCGUUGCCAAGUUUGAAAAUAUCACUGCAUCACUGCACGGGAACGCGGACUUGGAAUGGGCAGGUUUUACGCACGGCUUCCUCUCCCCCAGUAGGACUUCUUAUACACACACACAGGCCCGGUUUAUUUAACAAGUCACUGCUCUAAACACUCGUUUGGACAGGAACACAUCCCUGUACCAUUUUUGUUUUUUAAUGAUGCGUUUAUAUUUCUUUGUUUAACUGGUUGUUUCCACUGUGUGGAAUUUGAUGGACGAGUGGCGAUUAUUUGUAAAUGGAAAAAAUGUGAUUUUUAUUUCGCUAUUCCUUUAAGAGUCCUUGAUUGGUUUCUGUCCACCAGUGAAGAUCUUUCAUUCUGCCUACUCAAGUGUAGACAAUAGGCUUCUUCUUUCUGGACUAUGUACAGUGGUUUAUACAAUAUUGAGAUUAAAUAGUUGUGAAAUGUAAAAAUCAACUCUGAUGUAACCCGGUUUGUUUAUUCAUUCAUUCAUUUGAUGAAAUGAUCCAUGGAAACAUAAAAUAAAUGGAUGCUGGGA